CCCGUCUUCGUGCCUCCCCCACCCCUUAUCAUGGCUGUGGAACCGCCAUGUGAAGGAUGUCUGAUUAAAGGGAAGUGUCAUAAGUCUGGAUACACGGAGCGAUCGAAAUUCAAGGAUGGAGGAUCAAUGACGUGUUCCUGUACAGGGAAGGACUGGUCCUGUACUGGAUUGGCGGCACCAGUCUUCAUGGAAGCGCCCCCUAGCAUGGCUCCACCCCCUAAUAUGCCUCCGCCCCCUAACAUGGCUCCACCCCCUAACAUGGCCCCACCCCCGGAAUGCAAAGGAUGUCUGAUUAAAGGGAACUGUCAUAAGUCUGGAUACACGGAGCGAUCGAAUUUCAAGGAUGGAGGAUCAAUGACGUGUUCCUGUACAGGGAAGGACUGGUCCUGUACUGGAGUGGCGGCACCAGUCUUCAUGGAAGCGCCCCCUAGCAUGGCUCCACCCCCUAAUAUGCCUCCGCCCCCUAACAUGGCUCCACCCCCUAACAUGGCCCCACCCCCGGAAUGCAAAGGAUGUCUGAUUAAAGGGAAGUGUCAUAAGUCUGGAUACACGGAGCGAUCGAAAUUCAAGGAUGGAGGAUCAAUGACGUGUUCCUGUACAGGGAAGGACUGGUCCUGUACUGGAUUGGCGGCACCAGUCUUCGGGGAAGCGCCCCCUAGCAUGGCUCCACCCCCUAAUAUGCCUCCGCCCCCUAACAUGGCUCCACCCCCUAACAUGGCCCCACCCCCGGAAUGCAAAGGAUGUCUGAUUAAAGGGAACUGUCAUAAGUCUGGAUACACGGAGCGAUCGAAUUUCAAGGAUGGAGGAUCAAUGACGUGUUCCUGUACAGGGAAGGACUGGUCCUGUACUGGAUUGGCGGCACCAGUCUUCGGGGAAGCGCCCCCUAGCAUGGCUCCACCCCCUAAUAUGCCUCCGCCCCCUAACAUGGCUCCACCCCCUAACAUGGCCCCACCCCCGGAAUGCAAAGGAUGUCUGAUUAAAGGGAACUGUCAUAAGUCUGGAUACACGGAGCGAUCGAAUUUCAAGGAUGGAGGAUCAAUGACGUGUUCCUGUACAGGGAAGGACUGGUCCUGUACUGGAUUGGCGGCACCAGUCUUCGGGGAAGCGCCCCCUAGCAUGGCUCCACCCCCUAAUAUGCCUCCGCCCCCUAACAUGGCUCCACCCCCUAACAUGGCCCCACCCCCGGAAUGCAAAGGAUGUCUGAUUAAAGGGAACUGUCAUAAGUCUGGAUACACGGAGCGAUCGAAUUUCAAGGAUGGAGGAUCAAUGACGUGUUCCUGUACAGGGAAGGACUGGUCCUGUACUGGAUUGGCGGCACCAGUCUUCGGGGAAGCGCCCCCUAGCAUGGCUCCACCCCCUAAUAUGCCUCCGCCCCCUAACAUGGCUCCACCCCCUAACAUGGCCCCACCCCCCCGGAAUGCAAAGGUUGUCCGAAGGAUGGUGGGGGUUGUGCCGACGAGGAGGAGACGCGGGAUGAUGGUUGCGUUUGUAUAGAACAAAACUGGGAGUGUCCGUAAGGCAAACACGAUACAUGUGUCUGUAUAGAACACACCUGGCCGUGGUGUCUUUAAAGCAUGGACAGAGCAACAUUGGCGUCCUGUCUGGACUUAACUAUUGCUGCAAAGCUUGCCACAAUUUUAAUACAGUCAAUACCGAACGAAAUAAAUGAAAUACGUACAA